CAGAGAAACAGACUGAAGAGCCAAAACCAACUGAUAAUCCAUCACCACCCCAAAAGGAAAAACCACAACCAUUAGUCCUUAAYCAGAUUAAUAUUCCUCUAGAAAAGGAUGCUGCAAAAGCAAAACAAACAGAACCAAAGAGAGAAACACCGUCGCCAGUAUUAGACAAAGAACGACCAAAACCUCUGGUUCUGAACCAAGUCACCCUGCCUGACAGAACAGAGGCUCCAUCGGUACAGCCUAAAUACACGUCCACAGAAUCAACACCCAGUGAGACAACUAUUAUUACUUCAACAUCUGUCGGUAAGAUAUUCAUGGUUAAGAAGGUAGAUGAGUCUGAAAUAGCAGGAAAGCUAGCAGAAAAAGGCCAAGAAACGACAGAGAAAAAAGAAAGUGAUGUUGCAAAGGUGGAGAAACCAGAUGCGGAUAAAACUCUCGAUGAAAAAUCGAGUACGGAUAAGAAAACUUUUGCAGAAGUAGUAACUGGAUCUACGYCUGUAGAGGCAAGUCAUAGCGUUAAUAUAGCAGAUACCUCUCAUCAUUCAGCUGCUGAAGAAGACAAGUCAAAGGAUGAUGCAUUGUCCUCUCAAGCUCUUUCGGUUCAAACCCAAACAAGUUUUGAUUCUCCACUGCUUAUGGAUGCUAUAAAAGCUACCAGUGCUCUAAUGCCUUGUAGCGAAUUAUUGCCUUGUUCAGGCACUUUUAAUGAAAUUGUUCCAAGCGCAUUGUCAAAAACUGAUAGCGAAACUGAAGAGGUUGUCAAAGGUCGGUUUGUUGUAAAGUCUGUCGACCAAACGAUCGCUCCAGAAGGGGCUUUACAACGAAUAAUCUCAUCUACGGAGACCACAACAGCCCAUGCGUCUGAGGUAACAAAAAAUACUUUCGUGUCUCAGACCUCGGAYACUGUACCACCCACGGUACCCCAAGAAGCCCCUGUGGCUAUCCAAGCUGCUGAAAUCACACUUCAGGAUGUUGGCCAGUUUAGAUACGAGUCUCCACCAACGCUCACUCCUAGCUCAUCAAUGGAGAGCCUUAACUCGACAUCUUCACAGACACAAGCCAAUAAAGAUAACAACCAUUCGUCUCAGUCUUGUAUGAUUGAAGGCAUAUCUAAUCCUGCGCAGAUUCAGAUGGCUUCUUAUAGAGAAGUUCGCAAGCAAAGCUGGCAGAGUGACUCCUCUACRGAAGGUGUCAUGGCUACUAAGCCUGUUCCUAGUAGACAUACAGGGGGAACAGACAGUGAUGGUGGCUCCGGUCAAGCCAGUUGUUCAUCAAAACAGAAGAAACCAAGAAACCGUUCCAUUCAAUCGCAAAUUUCRAUAGAAGUGGCAGCCAUUACGUCCCUAGAAUUGACAUCAGAAGAAGAGGAGGAGUUUAAGAAAAUUCGAAUAAGGUAUCAAAAAGAAAGAGAAGAAAUGGAUCGAAAGCAAGAGAARGAGCUCAUGUCUCUCAGGAAAAAAAUCGAAACUAGAAAUCCCAAAACAAAGGCUCCCGCAUCGCAAGCUCCAGAGCAGCAACAAAGAUCUCGUUCGUUUCCAAGGCAACGKGUUGCCGACGAACCGAUAGAAGUUUUCAAAGCCAAUGGGUGCCCCCUCGACUUUCCUCAGUCGAAGAAAACGUUAACCACCGAUAAAGAAAUCGAACAACUUAAUCUUUUCGAAAUCAAACAACUUAAUCUUUUUGAAAGCGGAGCAAAGAUGAAGACAUCGWCAGAAAAGAAAGUUGUCGUAAGCGUCACUUCGAAGACGGAAACUAAAAUGAGUCUAAACCAAAUAAAAAARAGUCAACUGCAAAGAGAUAUGGUUUCCAAAUCUACCACUUCGRUUGGGCAAAUACGCAAAGGUCCCACGCCUCCGCCUCAAUCUCAAACACAGCAGAAAGCUACAGGAUCUUUUCCCGUUAGUCGUAAUACCAGCUUUCCAAAUCUAUCCCAAAUGCCCAUUCAAACACCACAGGCCUCGUCAAAUAUGCUCCCCGCAACCAAUGGAAAAACAACGAACUUUCCCACUAAUUUGGCUUCUUGGGGAGGCACUCAGCAGGAACUUAGUCAAUGGAAAGCGUCUAUUGAACAACAAUGGUCUGCGGAUAAUCAGGCGUGGACAGCAUCCGAAGGGGCCACAUGGCCGUCGAGCGGACCUGCUCAAUUUGUACCUGUGACCACUAAGAAUAAUCAGCCUUUCGCAUCGACUCCUACCGUGCAGAAGCAACAGGUACCCCAUAUGUAAUCCUGGCCUGUGUGGARAAGAGACCUUGUCCAAUUACAUUUUUUGGUAAUAUUUACAUAUUUCUAGUCAUAAUUGUAACUAUUUAGUUACCCUUUGUUCAUGGGAUGACGUCGAGGGCAGCAUGAAAGUGGUGCUACAAUUAAACAGUUUCAAAGGAAUUUCACAGAAAAGCAUGCACGCGAUCAUUGUCCCAUGUAUUCGAGUUAUCGACUUGUUUAAAUAGUCGUAUCAUUGUAUUAUAUUUUAAUUCUCGAUUGCGGAUUUUGCCCUUUUUGGGUGUAAUUAAUCUCUUCAUUGUGAAAUGAUCUGCGGUUAUAUAUGAGGCUAUGUAGAUGUAGGUACUUCUUGGAGGAGUAACCACCUGUUGCAUUUCUGCCCGUAGUUGUGUUGUACUUCCUCAAAAUAAGUUGCACUGCAAAUUCUAAAAUCUCAGGACUUUCCCGCCUUUUCUGUCCUGGUCAAUCAAGAGGAAGAUAUUCCAACUUAAAAAGCAUUUUAACAUCAAUACCAUAAUCCCAAUACUCUUCACAAGUUCAGUUACCGUUGACUUCCUUAUUGAUCCAAACCUCAUUUAAUACUCUUGCUGUAUUCACCCUACACAGUGUUUAAUCGAGAUGAAGUGCCCUCAUGCUGCCUAUAUGACGCCAUUCAUUCUCUUUAUCAAAUUCUCUAGCGCAAUAUUUCCAAUUUAUACGUUUGAAUUCAUUAUGAUGCUUUCCUUUAUAGAACUAAAAUUUGAGAAAGAAAAACCAAAUAGUCGACAAAAACGAAAGCCGACUGUUAACAUUAUUCAACGAGAAGAAAAUUUAAUUUUAUAAGAACGAAUCGUUGAAGAGAACGGCUGGUUUAUUUUUGUUAUGAAAAGAGUAACUAUAGAAAUGUAAUAUUAGUUUUUCUAGCCUGAACGAGAUUGGUUUAGAAUCAGAACGGAAUAGGGUGGGGUCUAACUCGUUAUCAGUCGUCUUCGAGUCUUGCACGUAUAGCCUAAUGGAAUAAUCCGCAAAGCAGACUGCGCUGCAGGCUCACGACACCUGCGGCGUGUCAGGUUGGGUUGGCAUAAAUACUUCUUUCGCUCUUCUAUUUUGACAUGGUCUCCAUUGCUUUAUUCYCGACCGAGAGACAAUAUUUCCGUUUAAGAAGAAAGAGUUAUGAAUACUCAUCCCCAGGCUCUCUCGCAUGGUCUAAAGCAUGGUUACCAAGGAUCACUGGGAGAGCCAAGUCAGGAUCUUUUUUAUAUCUUGGGCGGGUGUCCUACUAAUUUACAGACCGAAGGGUACAUUAAAAAGGAAUAAACAAAAUGAAGUUAUAUUAUGAUACCGUAAUUUAAGAUCUAAAUUAUUUUAUUAAAAUCUUCGGCAACGUUUAAUGGUUGAUAUUGAAAAGGGUGAUCUGAAAGACCGGUGAAUGGUCGGCGAAUGUUCGGAAGACGAUCGUCGACCAGUCGUAACUUAAACAUUGGGUUGUUAAGCCCCUACUGAUAUACGGCCUUCAAAGCCUUGACGGAUGAUCUUGUUUCAGGACACCCUUUAGAAUUAGUCGCAAAUAAGAUUUACCAACAAAGUUGUUUUUCCGUUCUAUUAGAUUGACUUUUCCUCGUGCUCGCCAUCUUUUUAGUAAUCAGACCGGCCCAGUAAUUCAAUCAUGUAAUGAUUAAUAAAAUGUCUUGCGUUUUCCAUUCUGCAA